AUGGAGCUGCCGCCCAACACCACAUGCUACCUCAUCCCAUACACAAUGAAGCGAGGCAGCUACGGUGAGUUCAGCAUUUCAGCGUAUCCGGAUAUGGCUAAGGUGACACUUACGCCGAUGCGUGGUGCGGGUCUGAGGCGCGAGCCGUUGACAACAGAAGUGACGCUAACGCCUGGAAGUGAGGAGGAGACACGCGUGGACUUCCUCCUCGACGAUCCGUGCGAUGUUCACGUGCUGCUGCGGCAGACAAAGGUGAGUGAUCCGGCAUCUGUGAAGAAAAGCGACGUCCUGGCAGAGGACGAAUUGUCGAUGGCUGUGUACAACGAGUACGGCAUAAAGGUGGCGGCGAGGGAUGUAACAAAUGCCCGCGAGCAGGCGCUCGUAUUUCGUGUUGCGCAGGGUGGACGGUACUCCGUUAUGAUAGCCUGCCGCGGCAGCUCCAAGUCUGUCAGCUGUCCGUGCCAGCUGUCUAUCUACACGCCGAAGGAGACCGGUGUAAACUUUGUCCCGGUUCCGCCGGACGCAAAGCCGUUCUCGCAGCAGCUGCGCCUCCCAAUGCUCCCGCGCAGUGCGCCGAAUGGCGGUCGUACCGCAAGCCGUGAGCGUACUUUCAGCCGUGAGCGUACCUUCAGCCGCGAGCGGGCGUACAGUCGCGAUCGGUUGUUGCGGCGCAGCGACUCGCUGCCGCCGAUUCAAGGUGAUACGCGUGGCCAGCGCGGCAGCCAAAGCGGCAUGCUCGCACCGCAUCGCCCGAGCAAGGGCCGCAUGUGA